UUUUUUCAAUAUUUAUGCAAUUGAAAUGGUUUCCUUAACGUUUAUCUCAGUAAAUAAACAUAAAAAAUGAGAGGCCGAAGCAUUUGUAAAUAAAUUGGCCUGCUGUAGCUCGUACAAAGGUAAGAGAAAACAGGAUUUUUGAAGUCGACGCAGGUAGCGCGCGGUUACUAAGGCUGCCAGGCAGUCAGCUGUUUGGAGUUUUAAAAGCAAACAAAAAGUUCCCCUCCUUACAUCUAAAGAAGGGUCUGAAUAGAUGUGAGUCAGUGCGAAUCGUGUUCUUCGCACGCACAGACGUGCUACAGUUAACGGAACCGUUUGGCUAGCCUACGCAAUAUACUGUAGAGACAUGGAGGAAUUAUCGAGGACUGAAUUUGCAAGAUUGAAUCAAACGGAAAAAGAAGCUUAUUUGAACGCGAUAUUAGGAGACGAUGAUGACGAGUCAGACGAAGCGUGUGACAGCGAUGACGACUGGUUACCAAAUGAAAUUUUGCCUGAGCGUGAGGCUCUUGAUAGCGAUGAAUCUGGUGUAGAUAAUCAAGAAAUACCAGUUGCUCAAGAAAUUGAUGCACCUUCCGAAGAAGAUGACGAAGAAGAGGGAGAGGAAGGAGAAAGUAAAAGUGAGAGAGAGAAUCAAGCAGCAGUAGGGGAAACACUAUGCGCUUACAUAGCGAAAGAUAAAACGGUAUGGAAUAAAACGCCGCUUCAUCAACAUCAAACUGCAUCUCAUAAUGUAGUGCGUCAGCAAAGUGGUCCUCAUCGAAGUACCACAACACUUUCAAUAAGCGACACUUUCAAGAAAAUAUUCACAGUAGAUAUGGUAGAUAUUAUCGUUCGACAUACAAAUAAAAAGGCUUUGUCAGUCUACGCAGCAUUCAAUGCAGCGCAUCCAGAUUCGAAGCGAGAAUGGAAGCAUGUUACUGUACAAGAAAUGUACUCAUUCAUGGCCAUUUUGAUUUGCUCUGGUGUUAAUAAUUCUAACAUCGAUCAUACAAGUGUUAUGUGGCAUUCAAAUUCAUAUCCACUCUAUCGAGCGACAAUGGGGCUCAAUAGGUUUCGAAACAUCAUGCGUUUUAUUAGAUUUGACGACGCCAAUACACGCCAGCAACGCGCAAAAGAAGACAAAGCAGCUCCGAUCCGUGAUCUCUGGACAAUGCUCAACGCAAAUUUAUCUAAGAUGUACAAGCCGACGGAGAAUUUAACGAUCGAUGAACAACUUUAUCCUUUUCGCGGUCGCACAAAGUUUACGCAGUAUAUACCUUCGAAACCAGCCAAAUAUGGAAUCAAGAUUUGGUGGAUUUGCGACGCUGAAAAUGCCUAUCCCUUGCACGGCAUCAUUUACACAGGCAAAACAGAUAAUGUUCGAGAGAAACAUCAAGGAGAAAGAAUAGUAAAAGAACUUGCAGCCGCGUACCGAGGCAGUGGUAGAAAU